GCGGCUGUCACUAGCCAGGUCAGGGCACAUUCCCCCAGGUGGAAGCACCUGUCGCAGGUGCGUGUUGGUCACGUGGCUCCGCCGUCAGUCUCGGGAGCAGCAGCAGCUUCCUUCCCUUCCUGUUACUAGGAUCUGUAGCACUUGCCGCUGCUCUUGGCUUCUUGUUAAGCCGGAGGGAAGAGCUUAGGGAGGGGGGCUACGGGACGCGCCCAGGCGAGCCCGUCUUGACGGCGUCGCAGAGCUGAUCCCUGGAAGACGGCUGACCCUUGUCGGGGCCAAGAUGAGCAAGAUCCACAAGUUUUUCAAGGGCGGAGGAGGCUCCGGCCACUCCAAGGGGAAAGGCAAAGGGGGCCCUACUCCCCAGGAGGCUUUGGCCAGGUUGCGGGAGACGGAGGAGAUGCUGACCAAGAAACAGGAGUACCUGGAAGCGAGGAUAGAAAAGGAGCUGGCGUUGGCUAAGAAGCACGGCACCAGAGACAAGCGAGCUGCAUUGCAGGCACUGAAGAGGAAAAAGAGAUAUGAGAAACAGUUGACCCAAAUUGAUGGGACACUUUCAACCAUUGAAUUCCAACGUGAAGCACUUGAAAAUUCUUAUACUAACACAGAAGUGUUCAAGAACAUGGGCUAUGCUGCCCAAGCUAUGAAAAAAGUACAUGAAAACAUGGACUUGGACAAAAUUGAUGACAUGAUGCAAGAUAUCACUGAACAGCAAGAUAUUGCUCAGGAAAUCACAGAAGCUCUUACCAGGAAAGUCGGUGAUGACUUUGAUGAGGAUGAGCUGUUGGCAGAAUUGGAGGAACUAGAGCAAGAAGAACUCAAUAAUAAAAUGACAAAUGUCCGACUACCAAGUGUACCAGCUACACCACUGCCUUCCCAUCCUGGAUCUUCAAAGAAGAGGGUGGAGGAGGAGGAUGAUAUGCAGCAGCUUGCAGCAUGGGCUUCUUAACACCGGUUCGCAAGUUUACGGAGUACACCAUAGAAGAAGUUUAUGCGACAGUGUUUGUGUUAUACAGAAUGUGGCAGUGUUUGAUGCAGACCAACACUGGUCCCUGGUGGGAUUUGUGUGUGUGUGUGUGUGUGCGUGUACAUAUGUGUGUAUGCACACACAUUAUAUAUAUUUUAAAAGAGCCAGGAUUAUUCAGGACCUGUUGCUAAAAUGCUCUUCUCCUUCAGAUGUAGCCUCAUCUGAAUUCCUUUUUUCAUACAGAAGAAUCCAGGUGAUCUUUUUAUAUUUCAAGUGUAAAUUGACUGUGGUAGUCUGUUACUACACAGUAUUAUUCUCUGACUUCUAAAGCUGUGUGUGGGUGGAAUAUUAGGAAUGUAUAUUAGGAAUGUAUAUUGCCUAAACUUUAAAAAAUGGGUUCAGUUCUGUAGAAGCAAGAAUGGCUGAGAGCUGAUAUAUGCAACUCCCCCAGGCUAUUGCGUUUCUCUUCUGUCCAUAUGGGCUUUUGAUUACAGCUUGUGCAGGUUAUAAAUCCUGUUUGCUGCAGAGGAUGGUGUAAGCAACCAUGGUUCUAAUACAGAGCACUAGGCUAGGUUAGUGGUUUUCAAACAAGAUUGGAGCGGGUGGAAUAUGUGGUCCAUGUAGAGAUGGUGGAGAAAUUUGAUUUGGUUGCAUUUUAAUUCACACACCCCCAAGAAUGCACAAACCGAAAUGCAGUUGUCCUUUAAAUUUUUAAUUUUGCAAUGCAGUUUUGACUGCAUUGCAAACUUCUCUGAAUUCAAUGCAGUUUUCCAACAACAAAAAAUGCGUAUAGUAGGAGAAAUGUGCACUAAAAUGUUGAGGGGGGAAAUCACAAACCAGUCUGGAAAUCUGAAGAACUUGGUUUAAGACUGGAAAAACUAACAAUUGGAAGACACUGAAAUUGGCAGGUUCUACCUAUAAUACAUAGCGAAAAUGUUUAAAUCCUGCCACAGUUUUGUACUGUUCAGUUUCUUUGUUUUAGAUAGUUUCUUCUAUCAUGUUGCUACUUGUUCACUCAGGGUCCUAUAUGGAAAAAACAAAGCUCAUGUGGCACCCUAAAGACUAAUGCACUUACUUUGUCAAAAGCCCACUUCAUCAGUGUACAUAGAAAGAAAACCUGGGCCUUGUAUAGGCACAUAACUCAUGUGCAGGCAUAUAACUCAUGUGGAGUCUAAAGUGUUGGAUACUACUUGGCUGACUGAAAGUUGCAAAAUUCUGCUGACUUUUCAAACACAUUGGAUCAACUCAGACUUAGUCAUUUUAACUGACAAAGGUGUGUAUGUGUAAAAGCCCAGUUUAGAAUGGUUUGGGAGUUUUUUGAUUCAGUGAGUAGCCAACAAAAUUGAUUUUAUCAAACCUUUUUAAGAUGGAGGUUCAAAUCCACUAAAUCAACGGGCUAACUUCACGCUAGAUUGGGGCCAGAGACUAGUUCAGAAUCUUCUGUACCUCUUAGCUUUCUUUAAUGCUGGACCUUUCAUAUUGCGGUUUUCUAUUGUCAUGCCUAUUAUCAAAUGGAUAAUCUUAAUAGGUUUUUAAAGUUGUGACUUUUGAAAUGUCCUCCUUCCUUUCUAUUUCUUUUUUUGUGUCUGAAAGAAAUACUUUCAUUGGAAUAAUUUAUAUGACUUUAAGUACCAUGUGUCAAAUGUGGCCAUUUUUUGACUUGGGGAAACAGAACUGGAUAAAUGCAGAGAAAUUUCAGUUGACUGGUUAUUGGAGGUGUAAAUAAAAUAUAUUGUUUGAAAAUAAUUUUCUGCAUUUGCAUCUGACUCAGUGUUUUUCCUGUCUUGCUGUAAAGCAGGGGUGGGAAACCUGUGGCCCUCCCAAAUGUUUUUGGACUUCACCUCCCAUCAGCUCCAGCCAGAGCAGCCAAUGGAGAGGGAUGAUAGGAGUCCAGCAGCAUCUGGUGGGCUACAGCUUCCCCAUCCUUAUUGUAAACUACAGUAACCUAAUCGCACAUGGGAUUUUUAAAGGAUGUGAAUUGAUCUCGUUUAUUAGCUGUAUAAGUUGGGUCAUCAUUGGUGGGGUUUGGGUACAUUAACAUUCUUAACUCUGUGGGUUGAUGCUUAAUUGUAUAAAAGUUUCAGUGGGAAAGGUGACUCCCCCCUCCCCCCCUGAAAUUUAGUAAUAAUUCUUAUAUGGGCUAGAACAUGUAAGUGCAUAGAAAUGGUAAUAGCACCUCAAAUAGAUAAGACAACAGGCAGCUUCAAUAAGUGCACAGAUACCUAUGGAAACAAACUGGUCCUGGGCAGAGCAAUCCAACUUGGGAAGCCAUUGUAAGUGGUGCUGGAGCAAGAGAAGUUGGCACAAAGUUCCGCCGCAUCCAGUUGCCAUUCAGGAGCCUCUGGGUUGGUUGAAUGCUGGCUCAGCCAGGAACUGCACACAGGGACCAGAAAGUAAAAGCCUGCUCUCCCAAAUACUCCUACUGGGGAGUAAGUCAACUCCAUUGACUUCUAUUGCAAUUAUUUUCUUCGACUGACCUUUUUCCUGGUAUAACUUUUGCCUGGGACCUGCAGGAACACUCCAAACACGAGUUGGAUGGUGGCCUAAGUCCCUUCGCCUUGGCCCCUCCCCUGACACAAUCCUUUUUUGGGCUUUACGCGCUCCACUUGCACCAUUCUUGGCUGAGCCGGGCUGAGAGACUUACACCAUUGUAGGCCAGCUGAGACAGGACCCAGCCGGCUCAGCUGAAGAUCCUCCACAUUCAACUCCCCUACAGACCAUGCAAUUUUAAUCUGCUUCAGGGGUAAUUUUAACCUGUUUCAGGAGCUCCAAGCCUGUAGCCAACUUGUUGGCUCACUGUCCAAUUCAAAAUGAGUCUGUAGGCAAAAGUACUUCAUUUCUUCCAGUGACCUAAAUAUAGCAUAAUACUAAUGAGAUCUGUAAACUACUUUUUCACAUUGCAAUUCUGUAGAUGCAUCUCUACUGAAACGUACGUACCACUGGGUUUACCGGGGCUUAUCCCCAGAAAAGUUGUGCAUAGGACUGCAGCUCUGCCAUAACUGAACCAAACCUGUAAGUGGUAGAAGAUUCACAUAUGUUAUCUAAAGGCUAUGGAAUAAUACUAAUAUGCACCACCUUUCAAACUCAUCGAGUGCUUGUCAAAAUCCCAUUAUCUCAGAACACAUUUCUUUUACACAAGUGCAGUGACUGAGAUCCGAGGAACAAAAAAGCCAGAAAAAAAGAUAACCUAAAGACUCCAGCUCCAGAAAAAAAGUUCGCUAACGUUGCACUCCUAAUCAGAGUUACUAGGGAGUAAGGCUCCAUUGAGGGAAGGGGAAAUCUUUCACUGUAAAUCUGUUCUAGGAGUUACCACAGACUAGCAGUCCUGCAGAAAAUUUUGCUUUAUGGAUGAAGCUAAUUGCAUUAGUGCAGGAUGAUGAAUGGUUCAGGAUGACCUUGGAAUUCUUGAAAGAGCAUGCUCUUACAUCAUAGCAUUGAUAAGAAGUGAGUAAUCAAUUCCUGAAGACAAUUUAUAAAUCAUACAGAAGAUUCCACAUCAUUAGGACUGAUGAUUAAUGUCCAGUUCUGGCACAGGUGAUUCAAGCAGCAUGAUGUGUGGCAUGUAAAGAGUGUUAUGCACAUAAAAUGAUGGUUUUUU